CGGUCCGGCCCGGGCCGCUGAUUGCUGGACGGCGGCUGCCAAUCUGCGAGAAUCCCCCAGUCAGCCGGUGCCCUGGAGAGAGCCACUCAGAUGUACGGUGUGUGCCCGGAGAGCAGCCCGAGAAGGUCUGGAGACGGUGCAGCAGCCCGCAGCCCCAGCCAGGGAGUCCCCGCCGCUUUCAAUGGAGGAGAAGCCCGGCCAGCCCCAGCCUCAGCCGCCGCCGCCCCAGCACAGCAGCAGCAGCAGCAGCAGCAGCAGCAGCCACAGCCACCACCAGCACCCGCACCAGCAGCAGCCCCAGCAGCAGCAGCAGCAGGCGCCCCCGGCAGCCCCGCUGCCGCCGCACCACCACCACCACCACCAUUAUUACUACUACAACCACAACCACAACCACCACCACCACCACCAGCACCACCAGCAGCCGCACCAGUACCUGCAGCAUGGGCCCGACGGCGGCAGCCCCAAGGCCCAGCCCAAGCCGCUGAGGCAUGAGCCCAAGCACGCCCUCCAGCCGCACCAGGAAGCGCCCAAGAAGAAAACAGGCUAUGGUGAACUAAAUGGUAAUGCUGGAGAAAGAGAAAUAUUAAAGAGCUUGGGCUCUGAUGAAGCCACCAACCCCAUUACGAGGGUACUCAAUGGCAACCAGCAAGCUAUAGACACUAAUCUAAAUCCGAAGCAGACUGUGAAAACCAGUACCUUUGGGAAAGCAGGAAUUAAAACCAAGAAUUUCAUUCAGAAAAACAGUAUGGACAAAAAGAAUGAGAAAUCUUAUGAAAGUAAGCCCAGAGACAACCAAUCUAUAGACAAGACCGAUACAGUAUCUAUUCCGAAUGGUGUUGUAACAAAUAAUUCUGGUUAUAUCACUAAUGGCUAUGUAGGCAGAGGGGCCGAUAAUGAUGGCAGUGGUUCUGAGAGCGGCUACACCACUCCUAAGAAACGGAAGGCCAGACGCAACAGUGCCAAGGGCUGCGAGAACCUGAAUUUAGUGCAAGACAAAAUAAUGCAGCAGGAGUCCAACCCCCCAAACUUCAAGCAGGGACUUGACACUUUCAAACCUGAUUAUAGCGAACAAAAGGGAAACCGAGGGGAUGGCUCUAAACCCAUUUGGAAGUAUGAGCCUGGCUCUGGAGGAGCAGGGCGUGGGAAACCCGGCGUUGGGGAUGUGCAGCGGAAAAACGUGGAUGCCAAGCCCAGUGGGAGCAGCAAGAAGUUUGAUGAUCGACCCAAAAUCAAACACACGACAGCUGUUGCCUCCAAAGAGGACUCAUGGACCCUAUUUAAGCCUCCCCCGGUUUUUCCAGUGGACAAUAGCAGUGCUAAAAUCGUUCCUAAAAUAAGUUAUGCUAGCAAAGUUAAAGAGAAUCUCAACAAAGCCGCUCAGAGCCCUUCCGUGUCUCCUUUGUCAUUGUCAUCAUCUUCGCCGUCUGCUGGGGAAACUCAGGCCCAAACCUCAAGUCGACUGUCCCAAGUCCCGAUGUCCGCUAUGAAGUCGGUUACUUCGGCCAACUUUUCUAAUGGCCCUGUUUUGGCCGGGACGGAGGGAAGUCUGUAUUCUCCAGGGAAUCAGCCACUGCUCACCACUGCUGCUAGUACUGUAACCCCCACCCCUUCUGGGACUGAGACCAUACUCCAGGACAUGAGCAUCACUUCUGCAGCCGUUGAACAAAUUAAGCCUAGCCUUUUUAUUUACCCUUCAAAUAUGCAAACUGUGCUUUUGGGUGCAGCACAGGUUGAUCUGCCCUCUCAGACAGAUCAGCAAAACCUGGGGGAUAUCUUCCAGAAUCAGUGGGGUUUGUCAUUUAUAAAUGAGCCUAGUGCUGGUCCCGAGACUGUUAUUGGUAAAUCAACAGAACACAAAGUGAUGGAAGUGACAUUUCAAGGGGAAUAUCCUGCCACUUUGGUUUCACAGGGUGCUGAAAUCAUUCCCUCAGGAACUGAGCAUCCUGUGUUUCCUAAGGCUUAUGAAUUGGAUAAACGGACUAGUCCUCAAGUGCUGGGUGGCAUUCUAAGGCCUGGGACUGCCAUUGAGGCUGGAGCCUUAACCUUGGAGCCCAGUCUCACAGGUGACCUGCAAAAGGCAGACAUCAGUAGUCAAGGUGCUCUAGUGUUUCUCUCAAAGGACUACGAGAUAGAAAAUCCUCUGGCCUCUCCUACGAACACUUUGUUAGCCUCCGCCAAAGAACAGAGGUACCAGAGAGGCCUAGAAAGGAAAGAUAGCUGGGGUUCUUUUGACCUGAGGGCUGCUAUUGUAUAUCACACUAAAGAAAUGGAAUCUAUUUGGAAUUUGCAGAAGCAAGAUCCCCAAAGGAUAAUCACUUAUGAUGAAGCCAUGGAUAGUCCAGAUCAAUGAAGGCAGCAGGACAGACAGACAGACAGCUGCCUGUUUGUCAGCUUUCUGCAGCAUCAGAGCCACUCAAGGGGGACACAAGGCUUUGAUGCUCCUUCUAGAUCUUCAGUGCAGCAGAGGAACCAUAAGUAGAAUCACAGGAUAAUAUAUAAAAAUAUAUAUAUAGUUAUUUAAAAAAAAAAAAAAAGAGGCAACUGAAAGUAAUUAGACUUCUUAAGGAAUCAGAAAAUUUAUUUCAAGAGACUACACAUGGUUAUUUAAUCUCCGGUACUGAGUAGAUUUUUUUUUUCUUUUUGUUAGUUUUUGUUUUGUUUUAAAGAGUGAAUGCAAGUGAUUAAUGAAUACAGACUCAAUACACAAGCGUGGUUCCAAAGUUCCUGCUGUCAUCAACAUGGGCAACCAGUGUGACCCACUGGAGAGGCAAUUCCACUUUUAAAGGUUUCGGUUUCUUGUUCUGUGACUAGUGAUAUACUAAUCACAGAGAACCCAGAAUGAUUCAACAUUUCUCCCCACUCCUUCAGUUUUUUUGUUUUACUUUGAACCCUACGAGAAUGCUGGAUAGAAACGCCUUGAAAUUUGCAGGGUUGCCUUCUCCAGAAAAUGGUUUGCAUGUUUUGCCCGGAGUAAAACAGCCUGUGGGGUGCUGGGGAAAUUGUCAUCUUGGGGGGUGGGAGGGGAUGGAAACCCAACAAGUCUGGAAUAAGAGGUGGUACACAGUUGACUUGGCUUCGGUGACACAUUGGACUUUUACAACGAAGAAUUCAUAGGAGUGUCAUUUUAAGACAGGUUGCAGGACAAAUGAUUGGUUUAGUCAUUUAACACACAAAAAGACUGUUCCCACUUUCUUAUCCAACUGUAAGUAGGAGCAAAAAUAUACCCUGCUUUUCAACUGUAGGUGCUCCAGACUUGCUCUGUCUAACACUAAAUGUGCUGGGGGUUUUCCUUGUUUUUCAUGAAAAAUCUUAAGAAAAAAACAUGUUUAUAUGUUCCUUUUCUGCAAACUCCUUACCCCCUUAAAUUUUUUUUUUCUUAAGUUAUUUUAAAAAAGAAAAGAAAAAGGGAAAAAGAGCCCACGAGAACUAAAAUGUUUCCAUAUUUGUUUCUAGCCAGUGGAGAAGAAAUAAACCUUGCCCCUGGAAGGUAGCCUUUUCUAUUUUCCUGCAAUCUGUGUACUUCUGAGCUAUUGCUUCUAAUUAUCUCUUUAUUAAAUAUAUUUUAUUACUAGAGCAAAACUUUUUUUUAAAGGCAUGGAAUGUGAAACUCUGGGAAGACCUUUAUGGCAGAGAGAGCGUAAGCCCUGGCUCCCCAUCACAGCCAUCCUGCACACGGCAGCCUGUGUGUAACUUACUCAAACGGUUUUCGCUUUUUUUGUUUUGUUUUUUUGCCUAGGUUGGGGGAGGGGGUGUUUUGCAAAACCAAGGGUCCAAUAUAAGAUCAGCCAGAUGUUAGUAGCAAAAUCAAUUCUCUAGCCUGUUUCACCAACACAGGUACUAGAAUUUUUUUUUUUUUUAAAGCACCCACACUUAAAAUACAGGUUCAUUAGCUGGGCAUUUAGGUGGAAAGGUAUCUUCUAAUAAGAUUAGAUUGGAUCCUAUGGGGCAUUAGGGGAUAAAGUAACUUGUCUUGCUGAACCCCUUCUGUUUAGUUGUGUGUGUCCAAUGUUUUGAGAUUCUAGCAUUGAUGGGUUGUCUGGUUUUGUUAAUUAUUUAAGGCUUUUAUUAAGGUAGUUCCUGAAAGAAGCUGUUGGAUUCAACAUAGGAUAGAGAAACUAAAUAUCUUUAAAAGUCUGCUGGUUUCUGCCCUGCUUAGAUUUUAAAAAGUAUAAGCAUGGAUUGCCAACUCCAUUUUAUGUAAACAAGCUUUUUAUACAUAAUAUAUAUAUAUUAAAAAAAAAUAAUAACUUAUUGUAUCAGUCCAGGUUCAGAAACUUGUGGUUGGCCAGUUCCAGAAUAGUUUCAUUUCACCUGUAAACUGUCUCACCUUUACAAAUGUUGUAAUUUUCAAAUGUAUAAUAUGUUUACAGAUGUGCCCUGCAUCUAGUCUGCCUGUGUUCCUAUUUUAAUUCUGUUGAGUCUCCUGCCUGCUUGCCAAAAGCUAGGAUGCUUUGGGCUCUUGUACAAUUCUGAGCAGAGGCAUCCUUGAGCUUUAAAGCAUUGAACAAACUGGAAAAUGCAGCAUAAUACUGAGGUGGAAGAAGUCUGUGUUUGUGUUUUUUUUUUUUUAAAUAAAAAUUUUUAAAAGUUAAAAAAAAAGUCAAAACAUUUAAGAUUGCUUAAAAAAAAAAAAAAAAAAAGAUCCAGUUUGUUUUACUGGUUUUAAAGUUCUGCUGUGUGUUUAAUUGCCUUGUGUAACCACUUGCCGCCUUAGGGCCAGAUUCCAUUUUUUUCCUUCUCCCAAAUGUGUUUUUCUCACUUUCAGUUUUGAACUCUUCUGGCCCAUGAUGUCCCAUCCUCAUCCUCAUCCCCAUCCCCAUCCCCAUCCCAGCAGCUUUUCUGGAUUUAGUGAGGUUCAGAAGUUGAAUGAAAAUUUUCUCUCUACAUAUUUUUGUUUAAGAAACAUAAUUACCCAACCAAAUUUAAAUCUGACCUUCCAUAUGUAGAACAAAACUUAAUGAGUAUUGAGGAAACACUACCUAGCCUGAGGAUUUUAAAAUAAAUUGUCAAAAGAUAAUAAGCAAACUGUUGGCCCCUGUCUUCCUUGUUUCCUCCCGGUCUCCCAAUCUCCCCCCCCCCCCCCUUUCCUGUCCCUCGCCUAAAGGGAAGGGGCAAGGAACAAGGAGAAUUCUGCCUGCCCUUCCCUCCUCUGCGCAGGUAGUGGAGAAUUGUACUUCUGGACCUAACAUUUCCCCCUUUUUCCCUCCAUUGAAGUUUAGCUGGAUUGUAUGGUUAGAUUUCCAUAGUUAGAAACGUUCGUCUUUCUGGAAACCUUAGUGCCCCUACCACAAUAAGUCAGUAUUUCUGGGCAUUGGGUUAAUGGACAUUUUUGCUGAGGGACAAGCAGGACAUUAGAAUAAACCUCUUUUGUGCUGGUUUUGUAACACUUAACUCUAUUUGUCUGAAAAGUUUCUUAGGUCCUUACACAAUUCCUUCCAGAGCACUUAUUAAAAAAAAAAAUCUUAAGAGUUAAUCUGUUUUCUGAUUAUUUUGUGUAAACUUUAAGAACUCAGCUGUGAUUAAUUUAGCACAUUUAAAUAAUGAUAAUGUGUUACUGUUGGGUAUAAUGAAUUUUCCUUCUACUCAGAGUAUUAGUACUGUAGCAUAAAACCAAAUACAGUUUGAGGGAUUACAUAAUCCCUACAUUCUAAAGACUGAAAAUAGUGUGUUUGUGUGCGUGUGUGUGUCCUGCAUGUGAGGAGAAGGAGGGAAAUGAUAGGAAGACUUGGGAGUAAAAGAAUGUGUGUAAAGCAUUAGUAUUCAGAGAACAAACUUGUAUUUAUUUUGUGCCAUUUGUUUUCAUUAUACAGAGUUAAGUCAGGUGGUUUUAAUCUUUUUAAAAAUAAGGUAGUAUUUGAAAUAUGGCACUAAGAAUGAGCUCAUGACCUAUUUUUUUAAUAGCUAUGAAGAUACUAAUUAAGGGUGAAGAAUUCUUUAAAAAUCUGUCUUGCUCGUAGGCCCGUAUGUCACAUACCACUUUGCUGUAAGUGUCUUGAGUAAAUUCCUUUUCCCCCAUCCCCCUUAAAAAGACAGGGUGUAUUUAUCUUUGUCUGCUUCCUCUCCCACCCAGCCCUGCUGAAGUUAAUCACAUAGAUAGAGCCUCGCUUUCCGCUUUUCCUAGUGACAGGUUUCACAGGAGGGAUAUUGGGAUGUUUGGUAAUGGCAGUUUGCUCUUUAUUUUCUGGGAAGGAAUGCCAGACAAAGCAACCAACUUGUGGAUAUUGUCUUUCUGUGAAAUAGAUGGCCUAAAAGCUGUUGUGUUUUCUCUGUUCUGUUUUAUCGCUUUGGGGCUUAGCUAGUCACUGCUCACUGAGAAUCUGCAAAAACUUAAUCUUUAUAAGAGCUGCCAUUUAAAACUUUUUUUUUGCAUGGAAUGACAGACACAACUAACUUCGAUGAAGUUCCAGGGGGAAACAUUCCCACACACAGCCAAGUCAGGCUGGUGGUUCAGUUGUAGUAGCUGCUAUUAUCCCACACUAAAUCAUCCAGUAGCUUCUCUCUUUCUAAUCGCUGUGAACUUAAAAAAUAAUUCGGAAAAGGCAUUUGGUGUGAAAUUAUAAUGAUAUUAUGCACUGAAUGGCCCCUGGAGAGGGAUCUGGACUGAUGGGCCAGAGCUGUAUACGAGGGGUGGGUGGUCAUCUUGUUCCUUAGUCCCUCCAACCUCAUGCUCCUCUCCCCAGAGAAGAGCCAGCUUCUACAGAGAAUGACUUGACCACUGGUCCGCUCCCUCAGAGGGCACACGCUCAGACCUUUGCUGUAAACAGCCGCGGAAGAGAGCGUGGAAGCCUUUAUUUUCAUAUGCAUGACAAAAUAGUCACACAGAUGCUUGUUGCAGGGCUAUGUGUUUGGCCAAUAUUAGAGGUUGCGGGCAGAAGUCACGGUUGUCUUUUCAGGUCAGGCUGAGAAGGCCGCUCCAGUAGGGACAAAGGUCUCUCAUCUUGUCCUUAACUUGAAUCGCCAAGGAUUUUCCAUUUAAUGUGGGGAAUGCUGUUGUACAUCCUGGUGUUUUAGGAACUCUCUAAAAGGGAAAACUCGGAAGCAAAGCUAGAAGCGGAAGGACUCCUCUUAGAAUUUGCACAGGCAAACCAAUCAAGCCUAAUGCUUGAUGCCAAGAUUAUGAAAUCUAGUGAGUGAAGCCCCAGAAUUGUUUUCAGUUGUGAGAAGGCAUUUCCAGGCCCUGUUCAUAAAUGGAUUAGCCUGUGCAAAUUGUGAGAACUAUGAACUAAGACUGAAGAGAAAAUGAACAAAAUGAGUGAUUUUGCUCUUGUACUACAUUUAGCCGAGCUUUGUAAUUAGAGAUUGCACCACAAUUUCAUCAUAUUACAGGUGGCUUGUUUGCAGUCUUAAUGUCCUUAACUGGUAUAACAGCUGAAUUCCAGAGGCAGUAUAGAUAGGGUUCCCUGGAGUAUGUGUACUUGCAAACCGCUGGUAAUGGAGCAGUUCCUUUGGAAUUCCGAGGAGUAUGUGGCUAAUAGGUGCUGGAAAUCCUUGUGGAAAAUCAGUCCCUGAGAGUUCUGGGAUUGGUGGAUUUAUAUUUCCUCUUUUACACUUCAUCCUAAAGCUUUGUUUAUGUUCAGAGUUCUAAAGCCAUUUUUUAACAUCAUAGUAUGGUAUGUAUCCCUUUUUUACAGCCUUAUUAACAAUGGAAACAAACAAAAAAAGUAAGUCCCAUUUGCAUUUCUCUAGUGUGAAAAUUGUAUAGGGCAAACAUACCAAUCUUAAGCCGAUGUCACAUUUGCUGUUUGCCACUGAAACUGUUGGCUUUUCAUUACAGUCUUUCCUCAGGUGCUAAAUAAGUGUUCCAAAAGUGGAUACUGCUUUUAGGAAUUUCUGCUUUAUUCUUAUGUCUUUUAUUUUGUUUUUUGCUAGGUGUUGUAAAGAUUAAGUAUUUUAACAAGUGGUUUGUUUUGAUGUGUAAAUAAGAAUUAUGCCUCUUUAAUUUGACUCUCUGUUAAAAGUCUAAGUUUGUUGUUUAUUCUUUAUUGAGGAACCUCUCUUGACCUUGAAGACAUUUCAUUGUGUUGCUGCAUUUAAGAAUGGACUUACAACUGUGUUCAUGUUGUCUUGGGUUAAAGCUCCUGCUGCUGCUAUGAGUAACUGAAAAUCAAGAAUGUGAUGCACUUUUUUCCAUGAACAAUACGCCAUGAUUCUUUCGAGGUUGCUUAGGCCCCUUAUCUGCAGCACAGCCACUAAUUCUUAAGAGUGAAUAGAAGACUGUUGGAGAGGAGAGGAGAGGAAAGGGGGAACACAUCAGUGGAGGUAGCUUACCAUGAUACCCGUGAUAGACAAUAACCUGGGCAAACAAAAGCAGUAUGAGCCUGUUACUGUAAAGCUUUUUGGCCUUAAAAAAUAUUCCCAUCCCGUUAUCAAAAAUUAAUCCCUUUUGUUUACCCACCUAGCUUUGCCCUUGUUCUUCCUCCUGUGUCAGGAGAGGGAGGCAGAAGACGGGGGAAAAGAUUGCUUAAGGUCAAAAAAGAAUGUGACUUCCUGGAAAAGAACCUUGAACUCUGUCACCCUGGGGGAUGACUUUCCUUAAUGUGAUGAAUAUAUAGAUUGAAAAUUGUUGUUUAAGUGCUGCUGUUAGACGAUUAGACUUUAAUAUCCUCAUGGUCUGUAUUUAAGAGAACUUGUCCCUUUUUUGAAGGGUAGAUGUUCACAUUACCUGGUGACCUUGUAAUUGUGGUAGGCUUGGGGGAGAGAGGAUAGGGCAGAUGCUCUGCAAAGACAGUUCCCCUAAUAUUGCAUCAUUCCAUAAUGAGUUUGCAAAAGAGGUAGUGAGUGAGCACAGGUAAAUUCUUUGAAGAGUAAAUGGAGACCAUAGGAGACUCAUUCCUAUACCAGACAACAUUGGCCCAUGAAGGGGUACUGGUAACGCCUGCUUCCGGAGCAUUUUUGUUGGUUUAGAGUCCAGGCGGACUGUUCCCGCUAAAUCUGUUGACUUGGACCAAAGGCAAACCCAGGUAUAAACAGAUUAAGUGGGACUUGGCAAGAGGGAAGAGACAUUAUUAAGCGUGUAAGGGAUCUUAAAGGAAAUUGUUAUACAGGGAAGAAAACACCAAAUAGGGUAAGAAAUCACUUCCUUUAUCCCAUGAAUGUGGGGACGAGAGGAACGUGUAACCUAGCCUUACCUAGUCAGAUUUUUUGCAAACAGAAUUUAAAUUUUGCCCAUGGUAUGUAAAUACUACAGAGACAAAAAUCUGCCUGCUUAUUCAGUACAUUUUCUUUAGCCAGAGUUUUAUAUUUUUAUAUCAAUGUGCCUUGCAUGUGUAUUUUUUUAAGGAAAAAUUAGAUCUUUUAGUAGUUUCUGAGGUCCACGUUCUUGCCAUUUCACGCUGAAUGAUGAGCUCACCCUUUGAUCUCUGUGGUUAUUGGUCCUGUCACAAACUGGAACUGCUUUAGAACUGGGGCAAUUUAUAUUUUACUCUUAAUGUGUUAGUGGCUGUUCUGUAGGUUGUGAGGAGAGUCCCCAGAGUUCUCUCUUCUGGUCCUUCCCUCUUCCUGCUACCUGCUGGCUUUUAGCACCUUCCUUGAGUCAUGUAAAGGCAUUUCUUGUGUUUCUUUUCAAUGUUCUCCCUGCCCCUUUAACCGAGGGGGUUCUAAAAUGCUUUGUUUGCAAAACCCUGGGAGGGAUGGAGCCAACUUUGCUCUGGAAUUCUGUGGGAGCUGCACUAUCAGCUCUCUUCAAUUUAAGUUUUUGUUAAAAUACAGCACCUUGCUUAUCAUUAAAUAAAACAAAAAUAAAGAAAAAUGCUUGUCUGCAACCAUUGUCUGGAAAUAAUGAACUGUGCAAUUCUCGUCUGUUCCUUUUCCCAUCACGUCUCCAGACUUGCUCUCCCUAGUGUGACUUGUUAGCCUCUGUACUUGUGCCAGUGUGAAUGUGAACGCUUUGCUCGCAUUACUUCUAAGAAACGCAUUUUGCACACUCGGGUUUUGCUGAAGCUCCAUGACAAGGUUAGUUCUAAGCAGAUGAAUAAAGCUAUGCACACGUUUUUGGAA